CGAGAAACAAAGAGAAGAAAGAGGGAGAGAGACUGAGGAAGAGGGAAAAAAAAGAGAGGAGGAUGACGUGCGGGGUCAUGGACUCGAAAUGGAGAGCGUGAAUGGAAAGGCUGUUAAAAAACGAAUUUGAGUGGCUAAAUGAAACGGAGAGUGGUCAAAUAGAUAUUUGGAGAGUCCGAUUUAGACUGUCCGUUGAAGAUGCUCUUAGCCGGAUCAAACCCCUCCCCACACGUCACCGGCCACAUAGCACGUCAAAAACGCGCCGCGACGACCACUACAAAGCCAGCCAGCCCACCCGGUCCGGUCCGGUCCGACCGACCGAGCGCCACCGCACCGCACCGCACUAGCCCAAACCGCUCAGCCGACGAUGGCAACGCCGCCGCUGCCGCCGCCGGAGAAGUUCGACGUCGUCAUCUUCGGCGCGUCGGGGUUCACCGGCAGGUACGUCAUCCGCGAGGCCCUCAGGUUCCUCCCCCCGUCGUCGUCGCCGCUCCGCUCGCUCGCGCUCGCCGGCCGCAGCCGGGACCGCGUCGCCGCCGCGCUCCGCUGGGCGGUGGGGCCCGGCCCGGCGCCGGACCUGCCCAUCCUCUUCGCCGACUCCGCCGACCCGGCCUCGCUCGCCGCGCUCGCGGGGAGGGCGCGGGUCGUGCUGUCCUGCGCGGGGCCGUUCCGCCUCCACGGCAGGCCCGUCGCGGCGGCCUGCGCUGCCGCCGGGGCCGACUGCCUCGACAUCUCCGGCGAGCCCGAGUUCAUGGAGCGCGUCGAGGCGGAGUUCCACGACGCCGCGGCCAAGAACGGGUCGCUCAUCAUAUCGGCCUGCGGGUUUGACUCCAUCCCGGCGGAGCUCGGGUUCUUGUUCCACUCCAGGCAGUGGGCGCCGCCGUCCGUGCCGGUGAGCGUGCAGGCGUACGUGAGCCUGGAGUCGGACAAGAAGAUCGUCGGGAACUUUGGGACGUUCGAGUCGGCUGUGCUUGGUGUGGCCAACGCCAGUGAACUGCAGGCGCUGCGUCGGUCGCGGCCAAGGCGACCCAGGCCCAAUAUUCCAGGCCCUCCACCUCCCAAAGGAUCCCUGGUUGAGCAUGACAAGACACUGGGAUUGUGGGCUAUAAAGUUACCUUCGGCAGACACAGUGGUUGUGAAGAGAACACUUUCAACAGUGACAGAGCAUCCUGAGGGUCUUCCAGGAGUGGAAGAAUCCGCAGAUUUUGCUGAGCAUAGGAAGAACUUCUGGUCUUCUGUUAAACCAGCACAUUUUGGAGUGAAGCUCACCUCCAAAUCCUUGCUGGGCAUUGUGCAGUUCAUCUUUACUGGACUUUGCAUUGGCCUGCUUGGAGGUUUCUCCUUUGGUAGGUCUCUCCUGCUAAAAUUCCCCUCAUUUUUCUCUGCCGGUUGGUUCAGAAAGAGCGGACCGACUGAAGAACAGGUCAGCAGCGCCUCGUUCAAGAUGUGGUUCGUCGGGCAUGGCUACAGCGACGCGGCUCGUACACCAGAACGUGGGAGCAAGCCUGACAGGGAGAUCAUCACAAGGGUUUCGGGUCCAGAGAUCGGGUAUAUCACAACCCCAAUUGUCCUGGUCCAGUGUGCCCUCGUCUUGCUGAGCCAGCGCUGCAACCUGCCUAAGGGUGGGGUGUACACUCCGGGUUCUGUUUUCGGUCCUACUGAUAUCCAGCAGCGCCUCCAGGAGAAUGGCCUGUCGUUCGACCUUGUCUCAACUAGGACACUGUGAUCAGAGCUGAGAUGGUCAUCAGCCCGGUUUGUUCCUGAACCACCUGAAUGGCUGAAUCCAUAUGCCUCAUGUUGCUAGCUUGCACUGAAGAAAGGUACUGUACAUGUGUUGUCUUUGUGUGAAGUAACAGUAUUCUACAUGCCAGUCAAAACUAUGUGUUGUCCUCUUGUCUAGUACAAGUUGUUUACUGUUCCAUCUGAAAUGAAAAUGAUGUGCUUGUGUAAUCGAGUAAUGUGAAUCAUUUGGGUUCCACGAGUAUAGAUAUGGUUGUUGGCCUGUGAAAGCAAGGCAUUGUCUCGUCUA